GUGUUAGUGCUGUCUCUCUGGAGAUGUGUUAGUGCUCUCUCUCUCUGGGAGAUGUGUUAGUGCUCUCUCUCUCUGGGAGAUGUGUUAGUGCUGUCUCUCUGGGAGAUGUGUUAGUGCUGUCUCUCUGGGAGAUGUGUUAGUGCUGUCUCUCUGGGAGAUGUGUUAGUGCUCUCUCUCUCUGGGAGAUGUGUUAGUGCUGUCUUUCUGGGAGAUGAGGAGGCUGGUGCCACUGCCCUGGGUGCUUCUCCUGCUGUUGCCCUACGGCAGAAAUGGAGAAGCGCUGACCGUGAGCAGCAAUGCUACUGGGAACUUUGUCACAGGAGCUGACAUUCUCUUGCCCAUCUCAUACAGCACCACUAAAAGUCCCACCGUUACGUGGCUGAUCAAUUCCACUGUGUUGGGCUCAUGGACUCCCACUGGGAAUAGUGUUCUGGAUCCCACUAGAAUGAGUUUCUAUGAUAAUGGCUCCCUGCGUAUCAACCAAACCACUUCCACUGAUCAGGGACUGUACAACGUUGCUGUGUCUGUAAUUGGAGAGUCACAGGGGGUUCAGUCAUUUACAGUCAAAUUCUAUGAUAAAGUGCAGAAUGUGACUGUGACUCAGUCCCCAGUGGAGGUGAUGGAAGGCUCCGUAUCUGUCAGUCUGACCUGCAGCUCAUCCAAGGGGCAAGGAGCCGUGACGUGGGGGUGGGACGGGGGGCCUCUCAAUUCCUCCUACGGCUUCAGCUUAUUGGAUGGAAAUAAGACUCUGCAGAUCAAUCAACCCAACAAGACGCAGAAUGGGAACUACACCUGCACCAUAAGCAACCCAGUGAGCAGUGACUGGGGCAUUCGCAGCCUCGUUGUUUUCCCUGCCACCUCUUCUAGUGGGUCCCUCAGUCCUGGGGCUAUAGCUGGCAUUGUCAUUGGUUCGGUGUUUGGAGGUCUGCUGCUCAUUGCUCUGAUUGUGUUGCUCAUAUGUUGGGUACGGCACAAGAAAGGUGCAAAAGAAAAGAGUCCUUCAGGGCCUAAACAUAAGGAUGUUCUUCGCACAGUAUCGGGUACGACCCUGUCUCCAGACGACCCUGCUUUUUUCACCCAAAAUAACAUCUUGUACCGAAACUCCUCUAUCUCAAUGGGAUCAUACAUCAUGGGGCCGGGUCAAUUCAGCCAAAAUGCAGAGAACACACAAAACAAUGGACGCGCUCGCUGGGAAGCAACAACACAGGCUUCCGAUGAAAGUAAUGGGCGCAACACAAGUCCUGUCAGUACAAAUCAAUACAGCACCCCAAACAGACCCCGAAAUAUGAAGCAUGCCACCCAGGUCUGACUCACCUUCCUGAGGGGCUACGUCACCUU